GCAGUAACGUCAUCGGCAAUUUAAAAUUUGAAACAGCUGCUUCAGUGUUCUCGGAGGCUAUCUGCACGCGCUACUACAAUAUUAGAGGUGAAAAUGGAGGCUUUAGGAGACCGUCUAAAGGUGAUGGUUAAUCGCUUCAGGAGAGAGUGCCACACGGUUUUACAAUCUGAGAGGACCACCAUACAUGGAGCUGAUGGCAUGCUGAUGGUGCUGCAGCUGGCCAUGGCUGAAGUUAAUAAGCAGCAUGGCGGAGAGUUCAAAGUGGCUCUGAGUGAUGUCCUGAUGGCCUGGAAACACUUACUGUUAGACAAACUUCACCUGCCACCCCCCAACUUUGCACGCUUGGAGAACUAUGAUCUCAUCCUGGAGGCAUACGAAUCCUUCCUGAAACGCUCCAACACUGUGGACCUGGUUGAUAUCCUCUCCAUGUACAAACAGCUGAGACUAGUGGACUCGGACCAAGAGGACCCUGUGAGCCCGAUCCAGCUGUUUGAGUUCUUAUCAGGCAACACGGAGGUCUCAGAGUUGCCAGACUCCUCUGUCCCGUCAACGCCGUCUUGUAAAAGCAAGCCCUGCAGCUCACAGGUGAAAAUGGCAGUCAGAAGGGUUUUCUGCUCCUAUCUGAAUUUGCUUGUGAACGCCAAGAAUGACAUGGCCUUGGCGCUAACCCUUGACGUCCCUAGUCGCACUCUUGGACGACAGGCAUUUACCGACAUAAAGCACGCUGCACAUAACAACAACACUUCUCUGUUCUUGGCUGUGACAUCUUUUGUGAGGGCCAUCCAGCUCGGAGGGAAGGGCUACGCUCCAGCUGAGUCUGACCCACUGAGGAAACAUGUCAAAGGCCUGUCGGACUUUGUCCAGUUUCUAGACAACCUGGAAGAAAUACUCGGGGAGACUCCUGACCCAAGUGUAUGUGGAGCCAGGCUGGUGACUGCCAUCAGGGCAGUACUGGUGAAGGGACGCAGCAGUGGAGAUGCAGUCUACGCUGCAGCUGAAGAGACAACAAAGGAACUGAAGGACAGGAUCUGCCAGCUACACCAGAUCCAGAAACAGUCUGCUAAUGGAAGCGCAACGGGGAUAAGCCCUGCCAGGCCAAAGGCCUACGCAGUCAAUCAUGCCACUGCGUAUGGAGGUCGGGACACUGUGAAGGUGCUGAUGGCUCUUCUGGAUGAAGAAGCUCUUACUCCUCUGUGUCAGAACAAGGCAGACCUGCUGUGUGAGGACCAGCCCAUCCUCAGUGGAGCCGAGGGGACCUGCAUCCUCAUGAUGUUCAGAUCCCCUGAAGUGCCUACUGGAUGUUCUCCAGAACCUCUAAGGAACCGAGUCCAGAGCCGGCUAGACCUGCUCAAACCCAAGGCCAAAGAUGUAAUUCGAUCCCAGUUUGCCUGCACAUACAAGGAUGACGAACUGCCACUUAACCGUGUGCUGGAGUUCCCCAGCACCAGCCAGGUCCCUACCUGUGUGCACCCAGCACCCAAAACCAUUCAUGCUGUGGAUAAAGAGUGCAGCUCUGGGGUGGAGGUGACGACCACAGCCAAGCCCACCUCUGAAUGUCGAAAUAAGGAGCAGAGCGGUGUGCAGCGGGGGACUGCUUUCGGGCAAAGAAGUGGAAAUGCCCAAAACAGAAGUGCAGGCCCAGGCAAUCGACAGAAACCUGGCAUUCAGAUGCAGAGCAAAGGCAACAAGAGAAAGCAGGUGGAUUCUGACCAACCUGGAGGAUCAGAGAAUGAGCCUCCACAGAAGAAACGGCCCACUAGUGUCUCUGUCAAAAUGCAGAAGAACACCAGCAAGGCUUCGAGUAAGAAGAAGCUGAUAGCUGGGCAGGGAAAGCUAACCAGCUUCUUUAGAGUCUGAUAAUUGUUCGUCCUGGUUUUGACCAGAUACUUACUGUGAUGGUACAGUAGAUAGACUUUCAAACUGUGUUCAUACAAGGCAGCUGGGUGGUGGUGGUCAGUUGUUUAUCACUGACAAAUCUUGUGUAGCAUGUGAAUGAUCCACUUAACACUGCAAUUAAUUAUUUUUCAGUCUAUGUUCAUCUGUUGACUGUUAAUUUAAUUAACUGAUUGAAGGAAUAAUUUUUGAGAAACUUUCAUUUCUGCUGAGUUUGAUGAGAAGAUUGAUGUCAUGACUCAUGUCUGAAUACGAAAUAUGAAGAGCUAGCAGGCGAUUAGCUUAUUUUAGCAUAAAGCAGAGGGAAACAGCUAGCCUGGCUCUGCUAAAUAAGAUUUAACAAUUUAAUUAGGACAAUUUAGAGGUGCUGGCACGUUGAUUUUACAACUUUGGACAGAGCCAGGAAAACAGUUUCCUCCAAUUCCAGUUUCUAUGCUAAGCUAAGCUAGCUGACAGAUGACAGCUUCAUGUUUAGCGUACAGAUCCAUAUUUGUAUGUGGCAUUUUGAUCAAUUUGCUAGCAGAAUAUUGUGAAUCUGGAUUUGGCCAGUGCACAGCCAACAUGCCCUACUUUGGGUUGUAAUGUAUUUAAUCGCUAUUUGUAUAGUAUUGUCUAUUUAACCUGUAAAAUUCCAAAAUGAAAUCAACUCUGUAAAUAUGACGCAGACUUUUCCUUUUUAAUAAAACUCUUAUGUUUUUA